CAUCAGUUGAACUCAAUCAAUUGCCCAGCGCAUUUAGCAAUCAAAAACCGGAAACACAAAUCCUAACCAAAAUCAAUAUGAAAUUCUUCUCAGUUGUCACUGUCUUCGUGGUCGGUCUUCUGGCCCUGGCUAAUGCUGUCCCCCUGUCCCCUGAUCCAGGCAAUGUGGUCAUCAACGGUGACUGCAAGUACUGCAAUGUCCAUGGUGGAAAGUAGGAGAGUCCCUGCCUAAGGAUCUACCAAAGGUCAUAGCUUAUCCUAAAACCCAAAACUGAAGUAGUUAUAAUGCCGCUUUGUACGAAAAUGGAAACUAGAAUUUAAUUUUAAUGCAAAAAUAAUAAUAAAUGAAACAAAGAAAACUA